UUCGCGGGGCUGUCGCUGGUGCAGCUCAACGAGCUGCUGGAGGACGAGGGACAGCUGACACAGAUGGUGCAGAAGAUGGAGGAGACGCAGAAUGUCCAGCUUAACAAAGAAAUGACGCUCGCCAGCAACCGGAGCCUGGCAGAAGGAAACCUUCUGUACCAGCCCCAGCUGGACACACUGAAAGCACGCCUGACCCAGAAAUACCAGGAACUGCAGGUUCUCUUUGAAGCCUAUCAGAUAAAGAAGACCAAGUUAGAUCAGCAGUCGAGCAGCGCUUCCCUGGAGACCCUGUUAGCGCUUCUCCAAGCAGAAGGGGCCAAGAUUGAGGAAGACACUGAGAACAUGGCAGAGAAGUUUCUGGACGGAGAGCUCCCCCUGGACUCCUUCAUCGAUGUCUAUCAGAGCCAGCGGAAACUGGCCCACAUGCGCAGGGUGAAAAUCGAGAAGCUCCAGGAGAUGGUGCUGAAGGGCCAGAGACUGCUGCAGGCCGCGGCCCCGCUGCCCCCCAGGGUGCCCGAGCCGGCGCCGGCCGUCCCCCUGCCAUGCCCUGGCCCAGAGGCCAGCGGCACCCCCUCCGUCGUGCCUCGGCGCAUCCCCCCUCCGCCACCCCCGGUGCCUGCAGGACGCUUAGCCACCCCGUUCACUGCUGCCAUGGGCUCAGGACAGGCCGUGCCAUACCCAGGGGUGCAGUGCCCGCCCCUGCCCCCCCGUGUGGGCCUCCCGCCCCAGCAAGGAUUCUCCGCCCAGUUCGUGGCUCCGUACCCGCCCGCUCUCCCUCAGAGACCCCCGCCCCGGCUGCCGCCGCACCAGCCGGGCUUCAUCCUCCAGUGAGCGCCAGCCCGCGCUUCCCGGGA